UCUUGUUUCCCCGGUAACGCUGUACACAAAGCAUCACUGUGCAUUAGCCUACAGGCAUGAUAAAAUUAAAUUGAGACCAAUCGGACCAAUCACUGCAGAUUAGUGUCAAGCAAAGGAGGGGUUUGAAAAAAAUGAAUCGUUGAGCGAAUCGUUUUGGAGUCGUUGAACAAGUAAGGUAAAAAUAAAUGCAUAUUAUAAGACAAUGAAAGUGUUUUUUGACCAUGUAUGCAUGUCAACCUGUUGUCGGGGACUCCCAAAACCAAAAUAUGAACCUUUCAUUAUCCAAAAUAGGGGCACUCUAAGAUCCAAAAUGAACAAAAUGACCCCGAAUCACUAUGCUGCCAAUCUCACUUCGGACAACUGCACGCUCCUGCCGUAUUACAUCCACUCGGCAGGGAUUACGGUCAGCUACAUCCUCUCCUACCUGCUGGUGCUGCUGCUGUGCGUGGUGGGGAACGGACUCGUCUGCCUGGUGGUCAUCAAGAACCGCCACAUGCGCUCAGUCACUAAUCUCUUCAUCCUGAACCUGGCCAUUAGUGACCUGCUGGUGGGCAUCUUCUGUGUGCCAGCCACUCUGAUUGAUAGCCUUAUCUCAGGUUGGCCUUUUAGUCAGAUCACCUGCACUUUGAGCAACAUGAUCCAGGGCAUGUCAGUGUCUGCUUCUGUCUUCACCCUGGUUGCUAUAGCAGUGGACAGGUUUAUGGGGAUUGUUUACCCUUUCCAUCACCGCCUGAGGCCUGUCACUGCACUCUUCGCCAUCAUCUUCAUUUGGCUUCUCUCUUUUGCCAUCAUCUUUCCUUCUGCUGCAACCCUGACGGUCAUUCACCUGGAUGACAUGUACAUGGUCCAGGACAACCAGAUCUAUCCUUUAUUUGUGUGUUUUGAGGACUGGCCCAGAGCAGACAUGCGGCGACUCUACACCUUGGUCAUCUUCAUCCAGGUGUACCUGGCCCCGCUGUGUCUCAUAAGCAUUCUGUACACCUGCAUCGCUGCCAAACUGUCCAACAACCUACGUGAGAGUCAAGUCCGAUCCAAGAGGAGAAUGAAAAUCAUCAAGAUGCUCGUCAUGAUUGCCAUUCUCUUCAUGGUCUCCUGGCUUCCGCUUUGGACUUUGAUGCUUCUCACUGACUAUCAGGAUCUGGACCGCCAUCAGAUUGACUUCUUGAGCAGCUAUCUUUUUCCCGUAGCUCAUUGGCUGGCAUUCUUUAACAGUGGUGUUAAUCCGAUCAUCUACGGCUUCUUCAACGAGAACUUCCGGAGGGGCUUCCAGGCCGCUGUGGCCUGUGGCUCCUGCAGAUCUUUAAUGUUGGAGAUGUGCUGCACACAGUUUGUUCUCCUGCCUCCCAACAGAGUAUCUGAUGGGAACCAUGGUGUUACCAGCAGGAGGAAAGAGCACUGCCUGACUGUAAUGCCGCAGGAGAUAGGUCACGGUAUUCAGGGAAUUCUCCUUGAGGACAAGAAUGGAAUUAUAGAUUCCCACAGAGUUAUUGGAGCCUGGAUGGAGUGAAUGGUGCAAUCGAGGAGCUUAUAUACCAGGAGAAAGCUAUAGCAUUCCCAGUUUGCUUGAAAUGGUGUCACACCAGUUCUGUCUUUGAUUUUGCUUGAAGUAUUUCAGGGCUUUCAACCAAAUUCAGCAUAUUCAAGAGCAGACAGUCUCAUUUAGUGGUUUAAUUUAGAUUUUACCACUGGACACUGGCUUUCCUUAUUUAAGGAAAGUCUUUUCAUUAUUUCAGACGCAGAGAACAGGAUGUAUCACACAUGACUGGGAAUGAAUAAAAUCAAAACAGCAAGAACAAUCAACAUUCUGUUCACAUACAUGAAAUUGUUAUAUUUAUUAUAUCUAUUAAAAAUAAUGUUGUAAAUACAAAUAUUUAUUCAUGAAUUUACUUUAAUUUUACCUUUUUAUUGUAAAAAAUAAAAUAAUAUAUACCGUAUUGUCCCGAAUAUAAGACGGCCCUGAUUAUAAGACGACCCCCCUUUUUCCAGAUGUACCUUUUGGAAAAAGGCUUUU